CUCGUUUCCAACCAUACACUCUCAAUUCACAUCUCUUUUUCCCAAACAUACUUAUUAUAUCUUCCAAUUGUCCUGUUCCACAUGGCGCUGGUUUACGGGGUUGAAAAGAAGACGGUACCCACCCACAUGAAAUUCGUGAUGGGCGGAACCUCCGGAAUGCUGGCCACAUGCAUUGUCCAGCCGUUGGACCUUCUCAAGACCCGAAUGCAGAUAUCAGGAACUUUAGGCACACGCGAGUACAAGAACUCAUUUGAGGUUCUAUCGAAGGUUUUGAAGAACGAGGGGAUAUUAUCCUUGUACAAUGGAUUGAGUGCCGGACUAUUGAGACAGGCCACGUACACAUCAGCCAAGAUGGGUGUUUACCAGAUGGAGUUGGAUUGGUAUCGCAAGAACUUCGGAAAUUAUCCAUCUAUGGUGGCCAGUAUGACGAUGGGCAUUGUGGCUGGCGCCUUUGGAGCCAUGUGUGGAAAUCCAGCGGAGGUGGCCCUGAUCCGGAUGAUGUCCGAUAACCGCUUAAUGCCGGAGGACAGGCGUAAUUACAAGAAUGUGGGUGAUGCCUUUGUAAGAAUUGUGAAGGAUGAGGGCGUGGUGGCGCUCUGGAGAGGAUGCUUGCCGACAGUGGGUCGUGCCAUGGUCGUGAAUAUGGUGCAGCUUGCCUCCUAUUCACUGAUGAAGAACCAAUUGCAUGGGUAUCUCAGUGAAGGAAUACCUCUUCACCUGACCGCCGCCCUGGUGUCUGGUUUGCUGACCUCCGUGACCUCAAUGCCACUGGACAUGGCCAAAACACGCAUACAGCAGAUGAAGGUGAUCGAUGGCAAGCCGGAAUACAGUGGUACCAUCGAUGUACUGAAAAAGGUGCUGAAAAAUGAAGGCGCCUUUGCCGUGUGGAAGGGUUUCACUCCGUAUCUAAUGCGUAUGGGUCCACACACGAUAUUUUCAUUUGUCUUCUUGGAGCAAAUGAAUAAGGCCUACAGCAAGCAUAUGCUCAGUGAUUCGCUAUCCGAUUCGGUACCUUAAAGGCAUAGAAAAUAUGGCAUUCCUCAUCCCAAACAAAUGGAAAUUGAUACGAUGUCUGUGUAAAGCGCGCUUGUUCUGUAAAGUAAUUCAUAUCUUAUAUACAACAAAAAAAUAGUUUAUUAUGC